AUGCUGAAAAUCAAUUCGACAAGAAUUUGUCGAGUGCUUCAGCAGAAUUUCGCCAACGAAUGUGCCACGCAGCCGUCUUCUUCAGACAGUACUCGCUAAAAUACACCUCCUCGUAAUUUGAAUGGAAUUUUUAGGUUCGAAGUCAGUGACGAUUCUUCCGUACGUCGAGUUCAUCAAAUCGAAAUGGCCUGAAAAGCUGGAAUUGAUGAACAAACAAGUCGACGAGCUGAACAAGCAGAUGGAACAGUGCGGAAAUGUUAGAAUUCAAUAUUUAAAAAACUUUCAAAAAAUAUAUCAUUUCAGAAUUGCAAAGUGUCCAGCUUCAUUCGAGAUCUGAAUUCGUUUAUUCUCAACAAAAAUGCGGCGGAAUUGAUGCCCGUCGGCUCGAUGGUCACCAAAUUCGUCAACAAACAAUCCGACUUUGAUUACGUCUUCUUCCCGAAGAAAGAGGAGCAACGACGUCGUUUUCUACGUGAUUUUCAUCAGAAUCCAAGCUUUAAACAGUAAGAAAUUUAUGCAAUCUUCACAAUCACUGUCUUAAAUUCUUAAAUGAAUUUUUCAGAAAUUUUAUGUCCGUUUUCGCGAAGUUGAUCGCCCGGGAAAGUGAAAAACUCGGCGAGCCGGUGGCCGAUAUCGUAGAGUUGCCGAGGAUGAGAGUGCCCCUUUUGAUUGUUCGCUACACCUCCGGGCUCAGCAUCGAUAUUCAGUUUCCCGAGGAGAAUUAUCAUGCGAUAAGGAACACGCAUCUGAUGAGAACGUACAAACAGGUGAAUUGAAUUGCAUCAUCUGUAUUCAAGCUCACUUUUCUCCUAUUUCAGUGCGAUGUUCGCUUCAAACUGUUAUUUCUGUGGUUGCGAGAGAUUUGCGACAAGCUGGAAGUGCGGAACAGCAAGUACGGACUGCUUUCUUCCUACCACCUCUUGCUGCUCGUCGUUCAUUUUCUCCAAAGUGAACAGGCGCUCAGUCCGUGGCCCGUUCUCCCUGUUCUUUCGAAAACUCACACCGCACUCGUUACGAGGGACAUUCCGAUUUAUCAAGUGGCCGAGAUGAUCAAGCGAGAUCCUCCCGAGAUGGAUUGGAAGUCGCACAACAAAAUGGCGAUCAGCGAACUGAUCCUUCGAUUCGUCGACUAUUACUAUCAUUUUAAUGCGGCGAAAGAGGCGAUUUACAUCGAUAAGGGGCUCGCGCUGAAGCGGAAACAAGUGUUCGGGGACGUCCGUCUGCAACUCAUCGAUCCGUACUCGCCAAACUCGGUCUGUCGGUCCCCGCACGCCACCUCCGCAUUCUUCGCCGCCGUGCACUUUAUGAGGAAGCAGUUCAAGAACGGCCAGAUGCUGAGCAGUCUUCCCAAUGUUCCAGAAGCUUCCGUCUUUCUUCGAGAAACCCAUUUCUCGAGUUGGAGGACACAAAUGAACGACAAAAUUGUUUUAUAG